AAAAAUAAUAGGUUAAUCUUGAAGCGAAAAGUUGGCGAGAGAGAGAAGGAAGAAAGAGUGUUGAUAAAUAAAUUUGGCGAUUACUCUCUUAAUUUGGACACUAACACAAGUCACACCUCUUAACUUUUUUUUUUUUGAAGCAACACUCACACACACACCUCUUAACUAACACGCCGCUAUUUACUACUACUUUUUCUAUUAUUUUCUUUUCACUUCUCCAUAUCUUCAAAUGGAGUCGGUGUUUGUGUUACUCAACCGUUUAUUAUACUUUAUCAUCUCACUUCACUAACAAUACUAAUAAAGAAUGGCGGUGGAGUACACAUGCUGCGAAUCGGAGUUUUUCGUCCACAUAUUGAUAAUCAUUCUGUUAGUGGUGUUCGCCGGACUCAUGUCAGGUCUCACUUUAGGUCUCAUGUCUCUCAGUCUCGUUGAUCUUGAAGUUCUUGCUAAGUCCGGUACUCCGAACGAUCGUAAACACGCCGAGAAGAUAUUGCCUGUUGUGAGAAAUCAGCAUUUAUUGCUUUGUACCUUGCUAAUUUGUAAUGCCGCCGCUAUGGAGGCACUUCCUAUUUUUCUUGAUAGUCUUGUUACUGCUUGGGGUGCUAUCCUGAUUUCGGUCACAUUGAUUCUUCUCUUCGGUGAGAUUAUACCCCAAUCAGUUUGUUCUAGAUAUGGUUUGGCUAUCGGUGCAUCAGUGACUCCUUUUGUCCGUGUGCUGGUAUGGAUAUGUUACCCAGUUGCUUUUCCAAUUAGCAAGUUGUUGGACUAUUUGCUGGGCCAUCGACACGAAGCCCUUUUCCGCAGAGCUGAGUUGAAAACACUCGUAGAUUUGCAUGGCAAUGAGGCUGGAAAGGGGGGAGAACUGACACAUGAUGAAACAACAAUAAUUGCUGGGGCACUUGAACUUAGUGAGAAGACAGCCGGUGAUGCCAUGACUCCUAUAUCUGAAACAUUUGCCAUUGAUAUUAAUUCAAAGCUUGAUAGGGGAUUGAUGAGUGAAAUAUUGGAGAAAGGGCAUAGCAGAGUCCCAGUCUAUUACGAGCAGCCCACAAAUAUUAUUGGACUUAUACUGAUCAAGAAUUUAUUGACAAUUCAUCCAGAAGAUGCAGCACCUGUAAAGAGUGUAACCAUACGCAGGAUACCAAGGGUUCAAGAAAGCAUGCCACUUUAUGACAUUUUGAAUGAGUUUCAGAAGGGACAUAGUCACAUGGCUGUUGUUGUAAGACAAUGUGACAAGACCAAGCAACCGUCUUCCAAAAAUUAUGCAAAUGAUUCAGUGAGAGAAGUGAAGGUGGAUAUUGAUGGCCAGAAGCCUCUCCAAGAGAAAGUCUUGAAACCCAAGAUACCAAUCCAAAAGUGGAAAAGCUUUCCAAAUACAAACAAGUCAAAUAGAGGCAGUUCUCGGAGCAGAAAAUGGACAAAAAAUAUGUACUCAGAUAUUUUAGAGAUAGAUGGUAGUCCCCUUCCAAAUAUCCCUAAAGAAGAAGAAGCUGUUGGAAUUAUUACAAUGGAAGAUGUCAUCGAAGAGCUUUUGCAGGAGGAGAUAUUUGAUGAAACAGAUCAUCAUUUUGAAGACUCAUGACAGCGGCUUUUUCAUUAAACGUACUGUUUUCAUAUUCUUCUUGUUUGGACCUUAUAGAUAAUUAAUUAGAUAAUGUGGCUAGGGUGAAAACUGCUGUUUAGAGAUCUUAGAUGUGAUUGGAACAUAUCAGUAAUGAAAAUGUAGAGACGAGAAAAGCUGUUAAUACUUGUACGCCAAAACUUACUUUUUGAGAUGCAUAUCAAUGUAUCUUUAAGGCAAUGAGGCAUGCCAGCAAAUGGUGUAUUUUUUUAGACUAGUUGAUAACUA